AUGCUCCAAGCUGCGGAAAGGCAACCGAAACCAGAAAUCCAAAUCGAGGCCCUCACCUUGCUGACAAACUUCAUGGAGGCAACAGAGGGUGACAAGAGUGAGACUUGGUUGCAGGCAGGGAGCUUGCGCCGACGUGCCGGUGCCAGCCACUGGCUUGCGGUGCUCCGAGGGGAGACUACAGCAACGGCUCCUGCUGAGUACGUGGCUGGCCUCUUCGAUGGCUACGCCGAACGAUUUGAUGAGCACUUGGUCGGUGCCCUGGAGUAUCGAACGCCCGAGCUCUUAGCAGAAGAGCUGGCGCACCUCAAGGAGACCCUGUUAGCUCAGAGCCUUGGCUCCGAGCCCUUUGCCCGAUGCGCGGAUCUGGGCUGCGGAACUGGGUUGAUGGGCCCGCCUUUGAGACGAUUGGGCGUGCAACACCUGGAGGGCGUCGACCUCUCCGCGAAGAUGUUGGAAGUGGCGAAAGACAAGGAUCGCGGCUACAGCAAGCUCGUGUGUGGCGACCUGGUAGAUAUCUUCGAAGAAGACGACCAGGCAACUAGAUUCGACCUCGUCGUGGCCGCAGAUGUCUUUGUAUACGUGGGCGACUUGCAACCCGCCCUCUCUGCGGCCUCGCGGUCGCUGACGGCUCAGGGCGUCGUCGCCUUCUCCACCGAGGCCCCGCCUCGUGCUGGCAGCGCCAAUGAGAAGGAAAGCAAAGUUCCGGAGGGUGGCUACAAGCUGGCAGAGACUGGCCGGUAUAUGCACACCGCCUCAUACGUCCGGUCUACUGCCGAGGCAUGCGGCCUGCGACUCUGUAAGCGCGCCAACGUCGUGCUGCGAAAGAAUGGCGGCAAGCCUGUCCAUGGCCACCUGCAUCUCCUGCGCAAGAUGUCGACCGAAGGUCCGUGA